AUGGAAGACCUCCUGCGAGCAGCUAUUGACCAACCUACCGGACUGACCAUCAUGGACCAAGUCCGACUCGCUACCGCUAUGACAUUGUAUAGAAUAAAGCCUAAUCACAUGACCAUGCGAGAAUUCCUCUAUCAGUGUCGACAACAGAUUCGAGAGAAGCAAACUCAAUCGAAUCAUGAAAUGAAUCCUUACAAGCCCUUAGCAGAGGUGGAUGAGAUGCGGAAGGUGAUUGGCAUGAUGAAAGAAGAGAUUAGAUCGUUGCAAAGGGAAAUGAGGAAGACGAAAGAUAUGAAGGAGGAAGUAGAUAAUGUCAAGGAGAAAGACUAUGAUCAUAGAGACGUGGAUGAGAGAAGAUCGAAGAAGAGAUAUAAGAGUGUUUGA